CUGCUGAGCCAGUGAAGGCAUCAUGGUUGUGUCGGUGCGGAGCUGGGUCGCCAACGAGGGAGGAAAGCAUUUGGUCCUGAUGCUUUGGCUGGGAGCGAACCUCUGGCUCUUCAUAAAGACCUUCCUGCUCUACUCCACUGGACCGCAGUAUCACUACCUCUACAAGAUGCUCGGGCUAGGGCUGUGCAUCAGCAGGGCGUCUGCCUCUGUGCUGAACCUGAACUGCAGCUUGGUGCUGUUGCCCAUGUGUCGCUCCCUGCUCACCUUUGUCCGAGGAACACACACGGUAUCGAGCAGAGAGACUCGCAGAUUGCUGGAUAAGAGCAAGACCUUUCAUGUGGCAUGUGGAGUUGCCAUCUGCAUCUUCUCUGUUGUACAUGUGUCUGCUCACCUGGUGAAUGUCGUCAACUUCAGUGUAAGCUACUCAGACGACUUCCCUGCUCUCAAUUUCGCUCACUACAGAGGAGAGGACCCCAAGCUGCUCAUUUUGACCACAAUCCCAGGAGUCACGGGCGUCCUGUUGGUUCUCAUCCUCUUCCUGAUGUUCACAUCCUCCUCCUACUGCGUACGGUUGUCUAACUAUGAGAUCUUCUGGUACACACACAACCUCUUCAUUGUCUUCUACAUAAUCCUCAUGGUGCACAUGGUCGGAGGAGCUCUGAAGUAUCAGACCAACUUAGAGGCCCACCCUCCCGGCUGCCUCAGAGCCAAUCAGAGCAGCACGGAGCAGCAGGGCGAGGAGCUGGAACAGGGUGAGGAUGAAGAAAGGAGAUGCGGAGAGGCGGCUCACUUCCAGCCACACUACCCCCAGACAUGGCUUUGGGUGUCCGGUCCUCUCUGUCUCUACUGUGCCGAGCGUUUCUACCGCUACAUCCGGAGCAGCGAUCCUGUUACCAUAGUGACAGUCAUCAUGCACCCCUGUUAUGUCAUCGAGUUGUGCAUGCUGAAGAAGAACUUCAAAGCUCGUCCUGGACAGUAUAUUGUUCUUAACUGUCCAGGUGUCUCUUCAUUUGAGAACCAUCCCUUCACGCUCACAACGUGUCCUACAGAGAGCAAGGACACCUUUGGCAUCCAUCUCCGAGUUGUGGGUGACUGGACUGAGCGGUUCACGCAGCUGUUAGUUCCUGAACCAAGGAUAGACUUGGAGAUCCUUCCCAUGGUGCAACAGAGGAGAUACCCAAAGCUUUAUGUGGAUGGUCCCUUUGGAAGUCCAUCAGAGGAAGUGUUUAACUACGACGUCAGUGUUUGUGUCGCGGGUGGAAUAGGAGUCACACCGUUCGCUUGUGUGCUGCAUGCUCUACUUAAUGGCUGGACAGGUUUCAGGUUGCAGAGGUUGUACUUUGUGUGGGUCUGCAGGGAGCUCCAGUCCUUCUACUGGUUUGCUGAGUUGCUGUGUGCCCUUCAUCACAAGCUUUGGCAGGAAAACAAACCGGACUACUUUAAUCUGCAACUGUACGUCAGUCAGACAGACAACCUGCAGAGCUUGUCUGAGGAGAAGUACCGCCCACUCACCUCGAGGCUGCUGGUUGGUCGACCCAGGUGGAAGUUACUGUUUGAUGAUAUUGCGAAAACCAAUAUGCAAAAGCGCAUCGGGGUUUUCUGCUGUGGACCAAAGGGCAUCUCCAGGACUCUCCACAGACUGUGUAACUCAACCCGAUCGUCUGGAACAACCUUUGAAUUCAACAAGGAGUCCUUUAGCUGAUCGAACAUCAAAGCUGCUUCUACACUUCAACCUCACUGAAAGAAAAACAGCAACUUUGCCGCUUGACAUAAAUGAAACUGGCCAAAAGAACGUGAAUAUUCACAGACUAAAUUAUUAUUUCAUAUGCAUCCCAUGACGCCUGAUCCUCUCUACAGACCAGCCCGACCCCCGACUGACGACGGCUCUUAAAGUUUCAGCUUCAGCAUCUGAUCAAGCCCACUGCUCGGAUUCUCCACUCAUGAUGCUCUGACUUACAAAAGAUUCUGUUGUGUUUCAUAUUUUCCCUAACACAUCCCUCUGUGGAGUAAAUUAGUUUUUCUCAUGCAGGAGUCUAAUGCGAGAAAGAGAAAGGUCUGACACACCCUUGCAGUUCCACAUCCACAAACACUACAAGAUAAUGAUACGAAAACAAAGAGGGGAUUCAUCUUUCAGUGCACCAGGGGCUGAAACACACUUUUAAAACCUUGUUUUAUCCAAACAUUUAAGAAACAGUUGACUUAAAUAACCAGAGAGGAGGAACCACAUGGGCAAAUCAAUUGUGGUAACCAAGAACGAGUUAAGUGUCAAAUGACAGCCAUUUAUCCCUUACUUGACAUACCAAAAACUGGCACCCAACAAGCUACACAGCGACCAAAAAGUGUCAGUAUGACACAUUAAUGGAAGCAGGAUUUGUAGACAACCUUAAAGGAAAUGUCACUUUAGAGUCCCACCUCAGAGAACAAACACUUCCUGUCUGAGCUGCUAACUAAGUAUUUGAUCUGCUGUGAGACUGUCACUCGUCAGAAUCUGCAGGGAACGAGUGGAACCAAAACAAACAAACAAUUCUUUGUUUUAUGUAUGUUUAUGAGCCACUUGGUUUUUCCUGUAAAGAUACAACACUUUUCAAUCAGUGCACAAAAGGAGUGGAAGUGGGAAGAGAGAGGGUGCAGGGGCCGGAUUAGUUGUCUGCUUGUUUGCUGUUCAUGUAUGUGUAUCAAAAAUCUGUCUUUAUACAAAGCAAACAUACACUAUACCUCAAGCCAGUAUUCUUAGUUGUUUUUCCCCCCCCCCAAUUAUUUAUAUUUUUAAAGUUAUGUUAUGUUAUGUGAAAAACUUCUGCAGGGCUUUGGCAAUUUCUCAACAAAGUACGUUUUUUUCUUUUACAUAUAUCCAGAAAGUCAAGCUACUGAUACAAAACAAUGAGAAUACUGGUGGAACUGAUCUACUUGUAAGUUUCACACUACAUUUGUAGUCGUUUGUUCAUGUUCAGCUCAAACUGGAAACACCAGGUUUCUGCAAAGAAUCAACAUCUUUAUAUUUCUGAUUUUGUGACUGAAACAACCAUAAUCUGUCAAAUUGUAACUAUGUACCAUUUAUUUAGCAUUUUAAAUUUAAAUAUAUGUAAAAUUGUAUGUCUUUUUUCAGGA